AUGGCGCUCCACGCCGUCUCUCCCGCGGCGGUCUCCUCCCCGCUGCGCGCCCUCUCGCGCAGCCUCCCCCAGCGCCCAGGCUGUGGUUGUUUACCAAAGCAACCCGUCGUGAUUUACUCCUCCACAAACUUUGCGAGACUUCAGACUGGACCAGUGGACUUCGCUGGCAGGCCUCUGGUUCUUGGACGCUCGGACAAAAGAGCAGUUUUGACGCAUGCCACUAUUGAAGAAAUUGAAGCGGAGAAAUCCCUCAUCGAAGACCAAGCUAAAGAAAAGAUGGAGAAGGCAAUCGAAACAGUCCAAACUAACUUCAACACUGUGAGGACAGGGCGUUCAAACCCGGCCAUGCUUGACCGGAUUGAGGUUGAGUACUACGGAACUCCAGUGAACUUGAAGAGCAUUGCACAGAUAAGCACUCCAGAUGCAACUUCUCUUCUUAUUCAACCAUAUGAUAAGUCAAGCCUCAAGCUUAUUGAGAAAACAAUAGUUGCUGCAAAUCUUGGUGUAACACCAAGCAAUGACGGAGAAGUGAUACGAGUGACUGUCCCACCAUUGACAUCUGAUCGCAGAAAGGAAUUAGCAAAGACAGUAGCUAAAUUAGCUGAAGAUGGCAAGGUUGCUAUAAGGAACAUAAGAAGAGAUGCAAUCAAAGCUUAUGAUAAACUACAGAAGGAAAAGAAGCUUUCUGAAGAUAAUGUGAAAGAUUUAUCAGCUGAUCUACAAAAAGUCACAGAUGAGUACAUGAAAAAGAUCGAUUCCAUCCAGAAGCAGAAGGAACAGGAGCUGAUGAAAAUUUAG